UAUAUCAAGUGCUAGCGACGAUGACUUCAAGGCCGUAGAGGUACAUCAUCGAUCGAUCGCCCGCUUGUUUUCUGCCCAGUGUUUUGACUUACAGUGCGCGGUGCCAGGUUUCGUUUGACCCGGCGAAUCCGUACCGGAGAAAAAGCUCAAUGGUCAGCAACGACAGGAUACCGCCACAACUGAUCGAGAGUGCGCGUUCGAAGAAAACGCAGUGUCUGGUGCAUCAGUUUCUCAAGAACCCCCAGCGCGAUGUCAGCCACCACCAAGGCCACGACGACGACGGGGUUGAUGACCCAUCUUGCCCACAAGGUCUCGAGCACAUUGCCGAGCCAGGCGGGACGAAGGAUCCGAGGCUGUCCAUCAUUGAAUCAGAUAGCGCUGAACACAGCGACGCCGGUCAAGUCGACGAAAAAUCUUGGAAAACUGCUCUCACUAGGUCCAGGACCGAAUUGGACUUGAACGGAGACCAGAGCCACGAGGACUUGCACAGCCGGCUGCUUACAAAAAAGCAAUUAAGCGAGAUGGCAUGGGGUGUGCGAGAAUUAAGUAGGAGACUGGGCAGCGUGCGGCUCAAGUUCCGGGCGAAGAACAUCUUUAUUCUCACCAAGGUGUAUGACCAAGAACUGAUACCCAAGACAAGAGAGGUCACCAAGUGGCUUCUGAGCAAGGAUAGAGAUGUUAGGUAUACCGUUUACCUGGAAGAUAGCCUGAAAGAAAACAAAAAGUUCGACGUCCAGGGACUAUUAGAGGAGCUUGGAAAAGACUACGUUGACGCCGGUGAACUCGACGCCGACACGGCCCCAGCAGCGCUUAGAAGACGAGUAAGGUACUGGGACGAGAAUAUGUGCCGGACACGGCCACACGCAUUCGAUUUUAUCAUCGCCUUAGGCGGUGAUGGCACAGUCCUUUACGCCAGCUGGCUGUUCCAACGGAUCGUUCCCCCGGUCCUCAGUUUCGCAUUAGGUAGCUUGGGAUUUCUCACCAAGUUUGACUUCAAUGAUUAUGCGGAAAUCCUGGGGACUGCUUUCAAUGACGGAGUUACCGUCAGCUUGCGAUUGCGUUUCGAAGGCACCGUAAUGAGAAGUCAGAGGAAGAAGCAGCGGCUGCUGGCUGCCGGAGACGAGGUAGACGAAGAAGAAUUUCAGCGAAGUCGAGAUCUCAUCGAGGAGCUGAUAGGAGAGGAAAAGGAAGACGAACACACUCACAGGCCUGACGGAACCUAUGAAAUUCUCAACGAGAUUGUGGUUGACCGUGGGCCCAAUCCAACCAUGUCAUACACGGAGAUAUUUGGUGACGACGAGCAUUUUACCACAGUUCUAGCCGAUGGCGUGUGCGUAUCCACGCCAACGGGCUCAACAGCGUACAACCUCGCAGCAGGGGGUUCACUAUGCCACCCGGAAAACCCCGUGAUGCUCGUAACGUCCAUCUGCCCACAUACGCUUUCCUUCCGGCCUAUCAUCCUGCCCGAUACCAUCGUGCUGCGCAUAGGAGCCCCGUACAACGCACGGACGAGCUCGUGGGCGAGUUUCGACGGGCGGGAGCGCAUCGAGCUCCUGCCCGGAGACUAUGUCACCAUUAGUGCCAGCCGCUUCCCGUUUGCGUCGGUAACGCCGCCAGGGCGGCGGAGCGAGGAUUGGGUUAAUAGCAUUAGUGGAAAGUUGGGCUGGAAUACGCGGCAAAAACAAAAGAAUGAUGGGUAUAAGCAAUGGAACUGACAAUGGAAGCAUUUGGGAUGGCGCAAGUACCGGUCCGGAUAAUAGAUGAUGGGGUUGUCCGGAGUCGAGAGGGGGGUUACAGGUCUUGUUAGAAACCCCCCCUCCUUGUUGUAGAAUGGUACUA